CGUACGUUUGCAUUAGCUCGAUUGUUCGCUUGCCCUAAAUAUUAUCCAAAAUAUGGAACGUUUCUUACGAUCAGUCUCAGCUGCUUUCCUUCUUUUGUUGCUUCUUCUAGCAUCAGCUGAGAUGGGACCUAUGGUGGUGGAGGGCAGAAUAUGUGAGUCUCAUAGCGAAAAGUAUCAGGAGUUGACUGGAAAGUUCCUGGGGUUGUGCCUAAGUAGCAGGGAAUGUUCCGUUGUCUGCGUGGCGGCGGAGGAUUUUGAAGAUGGAAAAUGUAAAGGCUUUAUCUCUCGGUGUGUGUGCAGUAAGAAAUGUUAGCCCAUAUUUCAUUAUGUAUGUGCUUGAGAGUUGAGAGAAAGAUACCUUCUUAAAAUAUUUGUGUGCCA